AGAAAUCCCAAAUUCCUCAAUCGAUAACCCUAAAAGGUUCAAAUUUUCCUCGUGGGUUCAAUCUCGAUUACAUCGAUCUCGUAGUCUCUGGUUUUUACUAUUUUGUUUUCUUGGGAAAAAAUGUCGUCGGUAGGAACAUCUAAAGGGAUUCUCGAAAUCGCCAAGUUCGGCGUGUACGUGGCAGUUCCUGUCGUCCUCAUGUAUACAUUCGCCAACAACAGCAACAACAUCAAGAAAUUCAUGGGGAAUCGUUCUUACGUCGUUUAUCCCGAAGAAGCACCUCGUCCUCAUUCACCCGAAGAGCUUAGAGAGAUGGCUAAAGAACUUGCCCGCAAAAAGAACAUCUCCUGAAAUCCCACAGAAACAUUCCAGAUCUUCUAGUUCCACUUGUAUUAGCAAUUUUCAAUAAAGGUAACUCCUUUUUUUUUAUGCCUGUAAGAUCAAAUAAUUUGUAUAAGAGAGGAAUAAUGAGGAAAAAAAGCAUUUUGCUUU